CGACUCAUGUGCGAGAGAGAGAAGAUAAGGCAGUACAGUAAAAGGAGAAGAGAAAACUUUUUUUUACAUGUCCCCUUCAUCAAUCAAGAGGCCCCAUUUCUCGCCUCUUGUCAUGGAACACAAACCCUCAAACCCAAACAUGGCGCUAGCCAUCAUCGACGACGACGCCAAGAAGAAGCAGCUCGCUCCCAAGCGGACCUCCAACAAGGACCGCCACAAGAAGGUCGAGGGCCGCGGCCGCCGCAUCAGGAUUCCUGCUCUCUGCGCUGCCAGAAUCUUCCAGCUCACUCGGGAGCUGGGGCACAAGACGGACGGAGAGACGAUCCAGUGGCUGCUGCAGCAGGCCGAGCCGUCGAUCGUGGCUGCCACAGGCACCGGAACCAUUCCGGCGUCUGCCCUGGCGGGUGCAGGCUCCUCUGUUUCGGAACAGGGGAGCUCUGUUCCGACUGGUUUGUAUUCGCGGCUGGUGGAGAGUGGGAUGGGGAUUAGGGCCAGCUCGAUUUCGAUGAUGAAUGAAGGGAUUUGGCCUUCCUUCAAUGGAUUUGGAUCAGCAAUAUUCCAGAAUUCAAAUAUUCAAAGCGCGAAUCGAGGUGUGAAGCUAGGGUUUGAGUUCCCGGUGCCCGGGCUGGAGCUGGGGCUGUCGCAAGAGGGGCAGAUGGGGCUCAAUCUGCAGGCUUUCAGCCAUUUUUAUCAGCAUAUUGGGGAUUGCAGCGGCGGAGAUCAGAAUCAAGGGAAGGAGAAUUCGCAGGGAUCGGGCCACUAGUUUGAUUUCGUUUGAUUAGAUUGAUUGAGGACGAUGAUUGAUUGUCGAUUGUUUAUGAUGAUCAUCCAUGGUCUUGCUACUUGUGUUUUCUGCUCAGCUCAAUUCAAUGCCCACGCAAACAGUGUGGAGUAGAAGAGUAUGUGUGGAAUGAAGAUUGGUUGUGAUUUUAGUUUGUGGUAUCCAAUUUUGAGGUGUGUUGUCACAUAAUUAAUGUUGGUUUGUAUUAAUUAGUAGAAUGAUGAUGAGUUGUCGUUGGCUUGCUUGUUUGUUACAAGUUGGGAAAGUUUCUUGAAAUACAAGAUAUGAGCUGCAUCUCAUUAACACAUAGUAUGCCCAGUGUUUGGGAAUUGGGAUUGCACUUUUACUUUUCUUAUAUAUACUACUCCUAGUAAUUACUCCAAAUCAAGAUUUGUACAAUCAAAAUUUAUUACAACUACCUAGUAUUUGCUCA